CUCAUUGGCAAUAAAUGCAAAUUAUACUAUGAAUGCACAACAUCAGAAUGAUCAGAAUGUAAUUUCAAAUCCAAAUAUUUCAAAGAUGCUAACGAUUAAAGAAAUAAAGGAUAAAAUCCAAGACGAUA